AUGGAAACCAACCAGCUUCCCAUCGUCAGCAACGACAAUGCUACCAAUCCAGUCGUGGAUUCUACUUCUGCCAUGGGAAUCUGCUGCCUCGCUCUCUCCACCAUCCUCGGCGACAAAGUCUCAUUCCCCCCCACCCAUCGCUACAAAUCAUGCACAAACUCCUAUUUCUCGCAACAAAACUCCAAGCUCCAGCCUCUGUGCUUCGUCUCCCCUACCACGGUCGAAGAUGUCUCUACCGCCGUCACCACCAUCACAAACAGCAACUGCCAGUUCGCCAUCCGCUCUGGCGGCCACACCAGCUUCGGCGGCGCAUGCAACGUCGCCAACGGCAUCACCAUCGACCUGCGCGCCUUCAAUGCCAUCACCCUCAGCGAUGAUCGCACCACAUUGUCGGUGGGCGUCGGCGCCUCCUGGGGCGACGUCUACGCUUUCCUCGAUCCGCUAGGUCUGUCCGUUGCCGGCGGACGCGCCGCACAGGUCGGCGUGGGUGGGCUCACCAUCGGCGGGGGGAUCUCCUACUUCUCGCCGCGGUACGGGUGGACCUGCGACACCGUCACGAAUUUUGAGGUCGUCCUUGCGGACGGGACGGUCGUGCAGGCGAACGAGAACGAAAACCCCGAGCUCCUUGUGGCCCUCCGCGGCGGGGCGGCCAACUUUGGCAUUGUUACAAGGGUCGAUUUCCGGACGUUUGAGCAGGGGCCUCUCUGGGGCGGGACGGUCUACUGUGCCCUUGAGACGAUCGACGAGCAGCUGCGCGCGUUUGCCGAUCUGAACUCGGCCACGGGGUACGAUGAGUAUGCGUCGCUGAUUACCAGUUUUGGGUUUGCGAAGGGCAAGGGCGCGGCGGUGGUCAAUAGCGUGGUGUAUACCAAGGCGGAGGAGUGUCCGGCUGUCUUUGCGCCGAUUAUGGAGAUCCCGUCGAUGUUCAGUACGAUGCGGCUGAGGAGCGUGCAUGAGAUGUCGCGGGAGCAGGGCUCGUUUGCACCCAAUGGGAAGAGGCAAUUGUCGGCCGUGACGACACAUGCUUCGACCGUCGCCAUGCUCAACGCGACGUAUCGACAAUGGAGAGCUAGUUUGGCGGCCAUCGAGGACGUCCCUGGCAUUGUGUGGUCCGUCUCGCUGGAGCCGCUCCCACCGGCGAUCUAUGCUCGGGCUUCUACGACGAAUUGUCUGGGUCUCUCGCAGACUUCUGGCGCCCUGGUUGUCACCCUCCUCAAUGCUACGUGGGAGGAUGAGGCGGAUGAUGCAAAGGUGGAGCAGGCCGCGCGCGCCCUCGUUGACAGAAUCGAAGACGACGCGCGCCAGUUGGAUGCCUACGAGCCAUACGUGUAUCUGAACUACGCCGCCGCCUGGCAGGACCCGAUCGCUUCCUAUGGAAAGGCGAGUGUCGAGAAGCUGCAGCGAGUGAGCCAGGCCGUGGAUCCAAAGGGGGUCUUCAAGAACCAGAUGCCUGGUGGUUUCAAACUUCCUUCCCAGUAG